ACAACAACAACACCCCUUCUCCUUUUAGCAAGCACCGAACACCAUGGCGGACCAACUGACCGAGGAGCAAAUCGCUGAGUUCAAGGAAGCCUUUAGCCUCUUCGACAAGGACGGCGACGGCACCAUCACGACCAAGGAGCUCGGUACGGUCAUGCGUUCGCUGGGGCAAAACCCCACCGAAGCCGAGCUUGCAGACAUGAUCAACGAGGUGGACGCGGAUGGAAACGGAACUAUCGACUUCCCUGAGUUCUUGACCAUGAUGGCACGGAAGAUGAAGGACACGGACUCCGAGGAGGAGAUUCUUGAGGCGUUCAAGGUGUUCGACAAGGACGGGAACGGUUUCAUUUCGGCAGCAGAGUUGCGCCACAUUAUGACGAACUUGGGGGAGAAGCUUACGGAUGAGGAGGUGGACGAGAUGAUCCGUGAGGCGGAUAUCGACGGCGAUGGGCAAAUCAACUACGAGGAGUUCGUGAAGAUGAUGAUGUCCAAGUAAUGUGGAACACCAGCAGCAAGAGGAGGCGGGAGAAGAAACGAAGGAAGACAAAAAAGAAGCAUUCGUGGCAGCAGAGAAAGAAAGCGUAUUUCCUUGAGCGGCGGAACUAUCCUGUAGAGGGAAGGUUCUCAAAGCGGGGGAGAACCGGGUACAUCAUUUUCUGCUUAGGGUGUAACACAAGAAGUGAGCAGCAGCAGCAGCAGCAAGCAGUAGAUCGGAAGGAUGGAGCGGUUCGGGUUGGGAUCGUACCUACGGCAUUGUCUGUUUAGGUAGAGGGGGCGUGGUAAGAACAAUAAUUACUUCUUGGUUGAGGAGUCGCAAAUCGUGGCAGUAGAAGACACGGAGAAGAAGAACGCGCCCCGCGCGUGCAGAUGAAAAGUCCGAAGCGAUUCGGACACUGAAGAAAAAUAUAUAAAGGUUUUUUCCGUGUCUUCUCUGUUUGUUCUUUUUUUCUCUCUUUUUUUGGAAAGGGAUUUUUUUUCCGGCUUUUUGGGGCUCAAGAAAAAAAAUUCCCCCACGGUUAGGAAACCCGCCGGUUUUUCCGGUCGCAAUACCGUGGGUCACCGUUUUCGGUUCUGUUUAUCCGAGAGAGAAAAUGUUUGACAAGCAAGCGGUCCAAUGUUAGGGGCAGUGGAACGAUUUUUGUAAAGGGCGGGCGGGCGGUCGCGCGUGGGCGGCGUGUGUGUUUGGAGAAACAAUGAUGAUUUGGCUAUUUUUGCGAGCACGACUCGGUUUUAGCGGGGGUGCGGUGGACAGUGGCGACGCCGCCGCGCUUGCGGCUAUGGUUUGUUUGCAUUGGAACAGUCAACGUUUAUGUACGGAUUGUGAACGUGGUGUGUGGUGUGAGGUUGUGGUAGCGGCGAGAGACUCUUGAAAUUGGCGCGCGGCCGUCGUCUUUUUUUGAUACAAGAAUUUCAUGAAUAUCAAAAAGUGGUGCGUGCGUGUUUGAGAAAGAUUGCCGCUGUCCCCCGCCACCCCGUCCCUGUCCGCAUGGCCUUGUCCGCACGCGGAAAGAACGAACGAACGAAUUUCGUAAGUUGGUUGUUCGACGCGAGGUAUCUAGCUCUUGUCUGUCUUUUUUUUUCUCACGUAGGUUGUUUUCGUGAGCGUUUGCUUCAUUAGGCUUUCUGUAAUUACUUUUUUUGUGGGGGUGUUUUCUCACCUCCCCCCAUGAAACCUCCGCCCCUCAUGUUUUUGGUAAAAGCCUAUGCUAUCGGACGGAACGGGAAUUUCGAUUCCUUGCGUACAGACAAGAAAUCGAAAAUUAGAGAGAAAAGAGAGAGAGGCAGCAGGCAGGCGUGGUCUUUUUUUUUCUUGUUUUUUUUCUUGUUGUCCUUGGAUGCCCCCCCCCCCCCCCC